UGCAUUGUUUGCAUACUUUUCUGUUUUGGGACUUUUCACCAUGUCCGAGAAACAACAGCGUCUGGUUCUCUCAAUUAUUGAUUUUCUCAAUCAAUCCAUCGCGAAUGGCACUGUAAAGACUGACGACCAAGAAAGUCUCGAAGUAGCCGUACAAUGCAUUGGGGAAGCUUUUGGUGUUGAUCCAUCUAAUGACCAGCAGGUUGCACGCCUUAGCGUCAAACCAGCCACUCUUCAGAGUAUAUUCGAUGUAUACCUCAAGACCAAAGAAAAAGUCGAAGGUGGAUCACAGUCUCAACCAUCUUCUUCAUCUGUACCCCAAGGCCCUUCCGCAGAGGACAAGGCGAAGGCAGAAAAAUUCAAACAGAGCGGAAAUUCUCUGAUGUCUGCCAAGAAGUACGAUGAGGCGAUAGACGCUUAUUCUCAGGCGAUCUCUCUCGAUUCUAAUAAUCCAAUCUACUACUCUAACCGGGCAGCAGCGUAUUCGAGUAAGGGAGACCAUCUAUCGGCGGUUGGGGACGCAGAGUUGGCUCUUGCUGCUGACCCAAAAUUUGUGAAGGCAUAUCAUCGACUCGGUCAUGCUCAAUACUGUCUUUCCGACUACAAAGCUUCAGCCGACGCCUUCGAACGUGGACUUAAGUUAGACCCGUCGAAUGCUGGAUUGAAAUCGGGGCUGCAAAACGCCAAAUCUAGGAUAACUGAUGACGAGGACGAUGGUCCCCCACCGCUAAUUCCGGACGAUGCUCCGGUUUCGACCACUGGCUCAGGUGGUGCAGGUAGCGGAUUCCCUAAUAUGGGUGGUAUGGCUGAUAUGCUCCGGGGAAUGGGCGGUGGGGGCGGAGGCGGAGGAAUGCCCGACUUGGCCAGUAUGAUGAACAAUCCUCAAAUGAUGGCAAUGGCGCAGCAGAUGAUGUCCAAUGGAGGACUCGCAAAUCUUAUGCAAAAUCCUGCCGUUUCAGACAUGAUGAGUCGAAUGCAGUCGGGUGAUAUGCCUUCCAUGGAGGAACUGAUGUCCAACCCUUCUCUUCGUAAUCUUGCCAGUCAGUUUGGAGCAGGUCGUUAAGGGUUAGGGAGUAUAAGGAAUGUUUUCUUUCUGACUACUUACAUACAUCGGUGUAGUAUAUUUACAUAUUUUGAAGUUUUUUGAGUUCAAGCGCGAUGUCUGAGAGGGGAGCGAGGGUUGGAAAUCG